GGCGACCAAUCGGGCAGGCCGGCUGCGUGCGCACACACGCGACACGCGACACGCGACUCACUGCGGCAGUCGCGUCGCGCCGCGCUUUACGGACGGUGCGUUUUUUUCGUCGCAGUCGCAAUGACGUUUUUCCAUCCACCCGCUUUGAUUGAGGAGAUUAAAAAACGGCCCGGCCUAUACAAGACUGAUACGCCGGCCGACAGGGAGGAGAAAUUGGCCCUGUGGAAGGAGGUGGGCGCAGCUCUGUACCACGACUGGGACACGUUCAAUAAAGCGACGGCCUACGACAAAGUUCUGCAACUGCAAAGAAAAUGGCGCUCGUUGAGGGACGCGUACAACAGAGAGCUGAGGGCGCGCAAAACCGGCGUCAGGGUCAACAGAAGGGUGUAUAGAUACUUCAAGAAGAUGAGCUUCCUCGGAGGAUUCACUGGAAGUAUCAGUGAAGACGAUGACAACGUGGUGGAUGACGAUGACGGAGAGGAGGAAACCCCCAUACCCCAGGCGGUUAAAACCAAAAAGCCACGCAAGAAACGACACAGAAAACCCAGUUCCGAUGGCAUCGCUGAACCAGAAGAAUUAGAAAUGCCAACGUUCCCCGUAGAAAUAGCGGAAGAGGGAGACAGUGAUAGUGAUAGACUAUUUCUCCUCUCGUUCCUUCCAGAAAUGAAGCAACUACCGGUAAAUAUUAAGAUGUGGGUGAGAGUGCAGAUAGCUAAUGUGAUGCAAGAAGCAGUGUCCAGCCACUAUAACAAUACACAACCGGGAGUCUCUGGAAAUAAGAACGGGAAAAAGGAAAGGCAUGAUAGUACUGACUGAAAAUGGUGAUUAAGUUUUAAAAAAAGAACACAUUUGAAUAUGGAACAGUGGAAUAUAAUUUACGUUGUAAAGGUUUAUGAUUUUUUCUGAUAAGUAUCGCGAUGUAAGAAGGUAUAUGGGCAUUUCUCUGUAAACUGCGCAACUCGCCCUAAGAAAGCUGUCUAGGUAUUUUUUUUUUUACUUAUAUAUUAAUAUAAUUUUAUUCAAAGAAUAUAUUUCCACCCAUUUAAUAAUAAACGACAGACGAAUCCAAAAUAUUUCCAUUAUUUUCGAAAAUAUUAAGCAUUUACUGAAAAAUUAUUAUUACAAUGCUUGGUGCAGUUCUCUCACCACCUUUUCUUUGCUCCCCAGUGCUCUCAUGAAGUCAUAUUCUUAACAAGUUUCUUAGUUCCUUUUCUAUCUUUAAUAUGUUCGUUUAUAUGUUUGUCGACUUCUCUUUUUUAUAUUAAAAUUUUUAAGAAUAUUUCUUCAUCGAUGCCAUAUUUAAAAUACACCUAUAUACAAUACACUUAUAACAAUAACAAACAUAAUGUAAAGACAGUCCUCUGGUUGUUUAAACAAUCUCCUGUCCUGUUAAGAGUCAGGGAGCUGUUGCCAGGGGACUGUUUAAUUUGAUUUAAUUGAAAGAUAAUACAAAAUGUAAUUGAGUUACGUUGCUUUACUGUAUACAAGGAUAAUUUAUUAUAACAGUAUAAAAUUGCAAAGCUAUCAAUAUAAUAAAUAUAAAGAAAUAAAAAUAAUCCUUACCAGAGGACUGUCGACUGUCAGGUUUCAACGUGAAUUUUACGGAGGGAUGCUCGCGCAGCAUAAAAAAAAAACGGCGUCAGGACAUUAAUAGAGGCAACAACGCAAAUUUUACAUCGUUUGCGUUUUGUUACAUGCACCAAUGCAAUUGUUUAAUUUUUAGACUACAUGUCACAUAAUUUAAAAUAUAGGUAGGGGAACUGUUCAGAAAAUGCGGGAACAAUCUUUAAGUUUUUAGCAAUAUAAAAUAAUAUUUGUAAAAAAUAAACAGGUCUGAUUAGAAAUAAAAUAAAAUGGGUUAAGUAAAAAAAAAAAAUGUAUUUAUUCCUUUAAUUAUUGUCAUAAUUAAUUUCACCUGUUGCGACCAUUUUGUAUUGGUUACACGUCAGGGGAUUGUUUUUUGAGGACUAUAAAAAAGUUUUUUUAUAUAGUUAACUUUAUUUUAAUGGAUAUUGUACAUUAAGUAGAGGUAGAUUACGCUUUUAUGUUUUUAAGUUAUGGACGAAAUAUGUAAUAACUUGUAUUUUUUUAUAUAAUAUUUUUUGCCCAGUUUACAGAGAAACACUCAUAUACGAGGUCAGUUUAAAAAUAUAUGUGCAAUUCAAAUUGAAAAGUAUUCAUAGUCACAUGGUAUUUUUUACCCAAUUUUCUGUGGUAUCUUGCAAAGAUACACUGUUUUGUGUUAUUGAGAGGUAAAUGUUUUGUUUGUCGCAAUUCAAAAUUUGAGUAAAUUAA